CACGACAUAAAAAAUAACACAAGUCGGUCGGUGAUAUAAAAUAGAAGACAAUUUCCAAGUUUGGCAUAGUUUUCUGGCAGCAACCGCAUUGACAUCAUUUCCAAAAAGUAGCUUAAAAAACACCAAAAAAGCAAUAUGUGUAACUUGUCUGUGCUUUUCGCCUUCAUCCUUUCGAUCGCCGUGAUCCAGGCGCGUCCAAGUCUGAAGUAUCUUCCAACUGUAGCUGAGCAUGUGGAGUACACGCCCACUGUGGUCGGACACACCGUACACUCACUGCCCACCGCAGUUUCGCACCAGAGUCAAACUAUUGUGCAUGAGAAGCGUCCCUACCUCCGUCCCAUCGUGGAACACACACCCAUAAUUAAGACGUACUCGCCCGUUGUGAAGUCUUAUUCGCCGGUGAUUAAAACUUAUGCGCCCAGCACAAGUGUAGCUUGGCCGUCUGUUUCAUAUGGACCGGCGUAUCCUUCAGCUUACGCUGGUGUGUAUGACGGUUGGAGUUCGCCCAGCCUGAAGAGUGUGUAUGGCGGCUGGAGCUCCGGUUGGAAGCCAAGUACUGCUUAUGAGGAUUGGGAUACUUGGGCAUUGAAGAAAUAAGUUGCAGAAAAUAGUGGAAACGAAGUGAAAAUUUGGUGUAAAUUAAGAAAACAUUGAACACGAUAUUGAAAAAGUGAUUGAAUACUAAUAAUGAUGUACACAUUAAGACAGUGAAUGGUAGUAAAUAAAGCAUAUAAAGCUUCA